GGAUGAUAUGGAUUCACACAGCCGGAUAGGUCGGAUAGGUCGCAUACGUCGCGUACGGUCUCAUACUGUGUUGUCGGAAAUCAUUUACACGUGGUAUUAUUCCGCUGAGUGAAACGUAGAAUAAAGUCAUUCAAAGCGUUCGAAACUGUAACUCAGUGUUGAACACCAAGAUAUUAAAUAUCUUUGAGUGUAUAUACAUACUGUCUGCAUACUCAAAAUUUGAUAAAUUGUGAUUGUGUGACUGGCAGUUAGCCGCCGUUAUGAACAUUGGUCGUGUAUCUUGCGAUUUGCCACUAUUAUGGUGAUGUUUGUGCUGAAAGUGUAUGCGUGUAAAGUUAUUGUGUAUAAAUAAUGUGUUCUUUAACCGAGUUAAGACCAAACAGAGAUCUUCUGGACACAAAUUUUAGUGGAUAUAAGUUGUCUUUGGAUCCAGUACCUAUUUAUCGCCACAAAUUACAUAAUGAGGUCGAUCAUGUGCUGCCUAGUGAAGACCAGUAUUCAUUCCUCCAUGUCAAAGUGUUUGGCCUACACAAUCAUUUAUAUGGGGACCCUUGGGCCAGAGAGGACGUGUAUUAUAUAGAUAAACGAUGGAAGGUUCAUAAAAGUGUGCGAAAUGCAAAUACUGAUCAGCUGGAUGGAACACUGGAAGUGUGGGAGAUGCCAAGUAACCAUGUGAGAAAGUCUGGCCACUACAACACUUCACUCAGCUUCCCAUCAUCAGAAUUGGCAGUGCUUACUGAUGGAGCUGGUACCCUGCAUGUUGUCAGCACUGGCAUCAGAGUUGAAACCCCAAUGUGGAAAGUAUUGUUUAGUGAUGAAGUGUGUGGAAAGGAGAAGCCAUUUACUAUAGUGGAUUCUCGUGUCAUUGAAAGCAGUAACAAACGAGAGAUUCAUGUUUUGCUUCUUUGGAUUGAUGAAGUUAAAAAACUCCUUGAUGAGUGGGAUAGCAGCAUAACAUUUGUUACAAGGUUGGCGUGGAUCACACUUUCUGAAGGAGAAAACCAAGUCUGGUCAAUGCGGUGUAUGCGUCAGUUAUCAGGUGUGGGGGGGAUGGAAUAUGCUGCACUGGAGCCAAGUUGCAACAGUUUAUAUAUAGCAAGUGGAAAGCCUUUUCAGUUUGAUUCAGACUCAGAAAAUGCAGUGCAGAAAAAUAUGCCUGAAAAAAGUGUAAUGAAAGAAAUACAGGUACAGUACAUGUGGCAUCAAACAACUGAGGACAUUACCGUAUGGGUUCAGGUUCCUGAACAGAGUACAGAAUCAGAUUUGAAUGUCAGUGUAGAUACCAGUCAUGUAAAAAUUAAGUUUAAAGACUCUCUAUUGCUUGAAGGCUCAACGUGGCACUGCUUGGAGCCACAGCUUACAACAUGGAUGCUCAACAAACAGAAGUUGGAGGUUACAUUGGUGAAGAGAGAGCAGGGCCUGAUGUGGCAAAACCUUUUGAAAGAGGAGACUCAAGGGGAGGAAAUCCUAGACCCAACACUAGUUGAGGAGAUGCACUUGAAACUUGCACAUUUGUGUUCUGAUAAAGAGGUAACAGAUUCAGGUGGGAACUGUGUCCCAGCCUUCAAUUCAGAGCAGCUAGAAGAAUGUGAUGCCCUUCCAUUGGAAACAUUGCUUCUGGUGAGACUGGACUCCCAUACACAUGAUGUGUCUCACAAAAUUAAUUUGGGAGGGCACCAGUGGCUGUUCAGUGAUCCUAUGAAGACUGAUGCUGUCCCUGUCAUGUGUCUGCGUCAUGAUGUCGAUGGUUGCGUUUGGCAGUUGGAAUCCCCUCAGGAGAAUGGGCAAUGGCCUUGUACACAUAUUGGUACUUUUCCAGCCUUUGGUUAUGUGCAGGCCUCAAAACAACAGAAGAAAUUCUGCACUUGUGCUCCAGAUAUGUCUUAUGUCGCUGUCUGUGAAGGAAGUCGUCAUAUUUAUAUUUACCGGCAACCUGUAGCCAUUGCAACAGAAUUGAGAAACCGUCGUACAGGGCAGCACAUGACACGUGUAGCUAAACAGCAACUGGUGAACCUGGACUCAGUGUCAGAAGUGCUAGGAGUCCACGCUUCUUGCCACAUGCUGUAUGUGCUAACUGUGGAUACACUAUAUGCACUCCGUGUCAGUUAUAACCCCAGUCCUGAAUCCUAGGUGAGUGCAUUGCCACAUAACUCUUUAGUUCAGCACUUAUGACAUCAGUGCUUACCGUUUCACAUCCUUGCAUCCUGUUGCCAUUCCACCCAUUUUAAUUGAAUUCUAUUUCCUUCUCAGUCUUAAAAGUGGUAGUUUUACCAAAUGCCCCUACCAAAAUUCUAUAUGCAUUUGAUAUCUCUCCCAUCAGAGCAGCAUUGCCCCAACAAAAGUAAGGAAUUUCCUAGAUAAUUCCUAUGCUCUAACUCUCUUAGUUCAUGUCUCUGAGGUCAGUUUCUUUGAGAUUAGAUGUUACAGGACACAGGUAGUUGAAAUUAAAUUAUAUCAUAUACAAAACAUCAUAAUCAAAAUAAAGUCAUUUUUGGAUCCAUA